CGUCGAUCAUCGUUCUUCGUGUCGGCUGUCACGUUUGUUUCUGAUAAUGGUUGUUCGUUCUGUGGUGAAAACUAAGACUUUUGAAGGCCAAAAACCCGGUACUUCUGGGCUCAGAAAGCCUGUAUCUGUAUUUCAACAGAUCCAUUAUACGGAGAAUUUCAUCCAGGCUACAUUAGAUGCGAUCCCAGAGGAUCAAAGAAAAGGUUGUACUCUCGUUGUUGGAGGAGAUGGGAGAUUCUUCAUGAAAGAUGCCAUUCAACUCAUCGUUAAGAUUGCAGCUGCUAACGAGAUUGGAGAAUUGGUGAUAGGGAAGGAUGGUAUAUUCUCCACUCCAGCUGUAUCAUGUGUCAUAAGGAAGAUCAAAGCACAAGGAGGCAUUAUUCUAACAGCAAGCCACAACCCAGGUGGUCCAAAUGGAGACUUUGGUAUCAAGUACAAUAUCAGCAAUGGAGGUCCAGCACCUGAAGGAGUAACAAACAAGAUCUUUGAGUUGACCAAGUCAAUAUCUGAGUACAAGAUCUGUCCUGAUGUAUCAGUAGACUUGGGAAUUUUGAGCUCUCAGAGCUGGAAUAUCGAUGGACAUAAAUUUACUGUUACUAUUAAGGACUCUGUAGAAGACUAUGUUGACUUGAUGAAAGAGAUAUUUGACUUUCCGCUUCUGAAGGCUUUCUUAAGUGGGUCUGGUGAGCAAGCAGGGAUGAAGCUUCUUUUGGAUUCAAUGAAUGGAGUUACUGGUCCUUAUGCUAAGAGAAUCAUAUGUGGAGAACUUGGAGCACCAGAAUCCUAUGUCGUCAGAUGUGCACCUUUAGAAGACUUUGGAGGUUUGCAUCCAGAUCCAAAUCUCACAUACGCACCUGACCUUGUUGAAGAAAUGAAGAAGGGCAUCCAUGGUCUUGGUGCAGCAUUCGACGGAGAUGGGGAUCGCAACAUGAUCAUUGGCCAAAAUGGAUUCUUCGUCACUCCAUCAGACUCUGUAGCCGUCAUCGCCGAAAACUUCCAAUGUAUUCCUUACUUCAUCAAAACUGGUGUAAAAGGCUUUGCUCGAAGCAUGCCGACCAGUGCUGCUAUCGACAGAGUUGCCAAGAAGAACGGUGUGGAAUGCUUCGAAACACCUACGGGUUGGAAGUUCUUUGGUAACCUAAUGGAUGCUAAUCGUCUCAGUCUUUGUGGAGAAGAGAGUUUUGGAACUGGUUCGGAUCAUAUCCGAGAAAAGGAUGGAAUAUGGGCUUUUUUAGCAUGGCUGUCUAUCUUGGCAUCUCGUGAGAUGUCUGUAGCUGAAGUCUUGAAGGAUUUUUGGACGAAAUAUGGCAGAAAUUUCUUCACAAGAUACGAUUAUGAAAACGUCGAAGCGCCCCCAGCCAGUAAGAUGAUGGACGAUCUUCGUAAGCAAGCCAGCGAAGGAUCGCUGAUUGGAAAGACGUUUACAGAAGGACAGGGUGACCAUAAGAAGUCCUACGCAGUCCAAGCUAUGGAUGAUUUCUCCUACACUGAUCCUAUAGAUGGAAGCCUCAGCCAAAAACAGGGGAUCCGAGUCAUAUUCUCGGAUGGUUCGCGUAUCAUUUAUCGGUUAAGUGGGACUGGAAGCGUUGGUGCCACGGUACGGGUGUACAUAGAGAGUUAUGAAUCAGACGUGACUAAACACUCACUGGAUGCGCAGAUCGUUCUUCAACCUCUUGUCAAGAUUGCUCUGAACAUUUCUGAUCUUCAAAGGGUUACAGGACGAGACGCUCCCACUGUGAUCACGUGAUAUCCUCGUGAUCACAUGCAUAGUUUAAUAUUAACCAUUUCGAGGUCAAGGAAAACACUGGUCGAGUUGAUGGCGUCUAUUUUGGUCCCUAAAACAGUCCCACAAUGAACUGCGAUACCAACUCGAGCCAGUUUUUUCUCAACCUCGAAUUGGCAAAAAAAAAAAAGAAUAAAAAGUAAUGAACGAUAGGUUUAAAUAAGAACAUUUUUAACGUUUCUUUUCAAUAUGGCGUCUAUUAUGACCCCUAAAACAGUCCCACAAUGCAUUGCAAUGCCCACCUUACCCAGUCUUUUCUCAACCUCGGAAUGAAUGUAACGUAAUGAAUGAUAGGUUAAAUAAGAACUUUUUUUAAAGGUUUGUUUUCAAUUUGGCGUCUAUUUUGACCCUAAAAAAAGUCCAACAAUGAACUGCAAUACCAACUCGAACCAGUCUUUUCUGAACUUCGGAAUGCAAAUAAACAAAGAAUGUAACGUAAUGACAGAUAUGUUAAAUAAGAUUUUUAUUUUUAUUUUUAUGACUUUUUUUAACUUUUCUCUUUUUUAAUUUGUCUCCCCGAUUAAUAGGGCGCUCGUACCCGGCUAGAAGAAUUUCUAGACUUUAAUCGAGUUAUUAUUAUUAUUAUUUUCGUUUCAAUAUGGCGUCCAUUAUGACCCCUAAAACAGUCCCACAAUGCACUGCAAUACCCACUCGACUACCCACUCGACCCAGUUUUUCCUCAACCUUGAAUGGCAAAUAAACAAAGAAUGUAACGAAA